AUGUCGCGUCUUCAAGAUCCCGACUCUUCUACGCGCUGUUUUCUCUCGCCCCUCCGCAAUAUCCCUGGGCCCCUGACUGCGCGGCUGACCAACCGGCGGGCCGAAGUGAUCAGCGCCACAGGCAACGCGAUAAAGUGCGGGGAGCGCGACUCGAUCAAAUACGGCGACAUCUACAUAUACAAGCCAAACGCGGUGUCGAUUUCCAACCCAUCCGACUGGAAAAUGGUGCUGGGCUCGCUAAAGUUCCUAAAGUCCGACUACUACAGCGGCAUCGAUUUGUUUGACAUCCAGAACACACUGUCGGGGCGCGACCCGAAAUUCGUCAGCGUGCGCAAGCGCCAGCUGGGCCCGUACUUUGCCUACGGAUAUCUGGUGAAAAUGGAGCCGACGAUUCUGCGCUGCGGCAUAAAGUCGCUCAAGAACGCGUGGGACGCGCAGCUCGCGCGCAGUCCGACCGGCGAGAUCGAGAUUAACUACAGCAGAGACUACAUUCUAGCCACCAUGGAUACUAUUGGCGGACUGGUGUACGGCCAGGAUUUCAAUUGCGUCAAAAACCGCGACAACACGCUGGCGCAGCAGCUGCUAUGCUCCAUCAAGUUCCAGGCAGCGCGCUCGAUGAUCCCGAUCACCAGAUACUACCCGUUCUCGAAGCUCCUGGCGCCGCUGGAGCGCCCGUUCCGCAAGUACGAGCGGUUCUGUCGGGCGGCCAUUGCGAAGCGGCGCGCAUACCUGGCUGAGGGCGGUGACAAGCCGGCGGAUCUUUUGCAGGGCUCCAAGGUGCGCAUGGACGAGACCCAGAUUGUCUCCGAGUCCAUGGUGAUGAUGGCGGCGGGCGCCGACACCACCUCAAAUACGCUGCUGUGGACCACACAUCUAUUUAUGCUGUAUCCGGCUGUCUAUGUGCGCGUCUGCAACGAGGUGCGCGAAAAAUUCGCUCCCGACCACCUGAUCACGUACCAUGAGGCCAAGGCCCAUCUGCCGUACCUGGAAGCCUGCAUCUUCGAGACCAUGCGCCUGUGUCCGAUUGCUGGCGGGCAGGCGCCGCGCGGCCACUUUCUGCCCGCAGGCACCGAGGUCUACCUGAACUUCCGCGGCGUACACACCAACAGAAAGACAUGGGCUGAUCCAUUCCGGUUUGUUCCAGAACGCUUCCUGGACAACGACGAGUCGAAGCGCAACUUCUAUGCCUUUGGUGGUGGUGCGCGCACCUGUCCAGGCCGCAACCUGUCGUGGGUCGAGCUGUUCACAAUUAUGGCAAAUAUGCUGAAGGACUACGAGCUCCGGAUGCCCGAUGAUCUGACGUACCUGGGCCCGGAAAUCGUGGACGAGCAUGGGUGUCCGAAGAAGAUGGACUCAAAGUCGUUCUUUGUUAAUACCCCGAUUUACCCAGACCGCGACUGCAGGAUGGUCUUGUCCAAGCGCGUCUAAAAGGGCUAGAGAUGGCUUUAUUGUUUUUUUUAUUCACCUGUAUCAAUUCAUUCCUCUGUCUCCG